GACCCCGCGAGUCCCUGCCCGAAGCCGAGCCGCGGCUAUGCGUGCUGCGCGCUUCGUGCUCCGCGGAGCCUCGGGCUCCUCAGCCGCCGCUGCGGCCGCGGCCCCGGUCCCGCGCGCCGUGGAGCGCUUCUCGCGCUACAGCCCGUCGCCUCUGUCCAUGAAGCAGCUGCUGGAUUUCGGCUCGGAGAACGCUUGCGAGCGGACCUCUUUCGCCUUCCUGAGACAGGAGCUGCCGGUGCGGCUGGCCAACAUCCUGAAGGAAAUCGACAUCCUCCCGGAGCGGCUGGUGAAGACGGCCUCCGUGCAGCUCGUGAAGAGCUGGUACAUCCAGAGCCUCAUGGACUUGGUGGAAUUCCACGAGAAGAGCCCCGACGACCACAAGGCUCUGUCCGACUUUGUAGAUGCGCUGAUCCGGGUCCGGAACCGCCACCACGACGUGGUGCCCACCAUGGCGCAGGGCAUCCUGGAGUACAAGGCCUCGGGCGCCGCCGAGCCCGGGAGCGCCCAGAACCUCCAGUACUUCCUGGACAGGUUCUACAUGAACCGCAUCUCCACGCGGAUGCUCAUGAACCAG